CCACCUCUGCUAUCUUAGCUUGCAAUCCUAAUACAACUUCACGUUCUGCUACCACGUUUACCCAGCAUCCUGCCUCAAAUUAAAUCACGUUAUCCUCCCUCUGAAAGCACUGCAGCUAUCCCUUGUUCCUCAGGCUCACUGGGGGUAAAAACCUCCCUGCUUCUGUAAUCGGCCCCUAGCCACCCCCCAGGCAGCCCCUCAUUUUUUGCCAUUGCCAGCCCCGCUACAGGCAGCUCCCUGCCCCCCACUCUUGUCCCAGGCACCCCCCCUACCCCCAACACAUGUACCAGGCAGCUGACCCCAGCCCCCCGCCCCGCCCCACUCGCGGCUCCGCAUUCGCAGACACAGAGGAACAAAAGGCACCGCGUCCUCCCUCUCCCCACAGGGGGUCUAAGGCGGCUCCGCUCAGGCAGCGCCGGGGCGACCACGGAAGCGAGCCGCCACCCAGCCAGAGCCGCCACCCACCCGGUGCUCCCGCUCGGCAGCGUCGCCAGGAGUGAGACUGAAGAAUAAUGUAUGAAAGUUAUUGACAUCAUGACAACCAUCCGACACAGAAAGGGAAUAAAAGUCACAGAAGUUGCUGAAUAUCUGACACAAGAGAAAAAUGUGAAGCCUGAUGGAAAAGUUCGAGCUGUUUACACAGGUGGAAAGCUAUGGAAGAGACUUUCACUUACAGUUGGUGGAACUGUUGCCAUAUCUCUUGGACUUCUUACUUCUGUUUAUGUUGCUACUCUACAUGAAAAUGACCUGUGGUUUUCCAAUAUUAAGGAAGUAGAACGGGAAAUUUCAUUCAGGACUGAAUGUGGAUUGUAUUACUCCUACUACAAAGAGAUGCUGCAGGCUGCAUCCAUCCAACAAGGUUUACAUGGCUUAAUAUAUGAUAAUAAAACUGAAUCUCUGAGGACAAUUAACAUACUUGAAAGGAUGAAUGUUUACCAGGAGGUGUUUCUCAGCAUACUGUAUAGGAUUCUUCCCAUUCAGAAGUAUUUAGAGCCUGUUUAUUUUUAUAUCUACACUUUAUUUGGACUUCAGGCACUUUAUGUCAUUGCUCUAUAUGUAACCAGCUGGCUUCUUAGUGGAACGUGGCUUUCAGGUUUGUUAGCAGCUUUCUGGUAUAUUACAAACAGAAUAGAUACCACAAGAGUAGAAUUCACCAUUCCAUUGAGAGAGAACUGGGCACUGCCAUUCUUUGCAGUUCAGAUAGCAGCAAUCACAUACCUAUUCAGAUCUCAUUUACAGCCUCUUCAUGAAAAACUGACACUUCUUGCAGUGUUUAUAUCAACCUCUCUCUUUAGCCUGACUUGGCAAUUCAAUCAGUUUAUGAUGCUGAUGCAAGCAUUAGUAUUAUUCAUAUUGGACUGUCUUGACAUGCUUCCCACAACAAAGGUUACAUGGCUCUACAUUAUACAAUUAACAGGCAUACUACUGGUCUGUGUUCUACAGUUCUGUAAUUCCAUGAUUCUUGGAUCCCUACUUAUAAGUUUUAAUGUGUCAGUCUUGCUAGCAAGAACAGUUCAGAAAAACAUGAAAAUGGGAUGCUUGCUAAAUAGACUUGGGAAACUUUUCUUCCAUGUACUCAUGGUGUUAUGUUUGACACUUCUAGUUAAUAACUUUAUUAAGAAAAUUCUUAAUCUUGAGUCAGAUGAACAUAUAUUUAAAUUCCUGAAAGCAAAAUUUGGAUUUGGAGCAACAAGAGAUUUCGAUGCUAACCUGUACCUCUGUGAAGAAGCAUUUGGUCUGCUGCCAUUUAAUACUUUUGCAAGACUCUCAGAUACAUUACUUUUUUAUGCCUACCUAUUUGUUCUCUUGCUUAUGGCAAUAGCAGCUGCUGUUGUUGCUUUUCAGAAUCUCAGUGGUUCAGCUAAUGUCCAAUCCACAGAUAAAAUGGAAAUUUCCACAAUAGUACUGAAGCCUGGAGCUGCCUACAACUUAAUGCACACAAUUCUGUUUGGAUGCCUGGCUUUAAGCACAAUGAGAAUGAAGUACCUUUGGACUUCCCAUAUGUGUGUAUUUGCCUCUUUUGGUUUGUGCAGUACUGAAGUUUGGGGAUUUGUCCUGAAAUCUGUUCGUCUCUACACACCACAGAGGCUGUGUGUCAUUAGGUUUUUGGUACCAAUAAUCAUAUUGCUGUACCUUUCCUGUAAGUUCUGUCCAGGAAUUGUGGAUGAGCUCUCAGAGCUGAGAGAAUUCUAUGAUCCAGACACAGUGGAGCUGAUGAACUGGAUUAAGUCAAACACUCCUAAGAAAGCAGUGAUUGCUGGGAGCAUGCAGCUAUUAGCAGGAGUCAAACUGUGCACUGGAAGGAUCUUAACUAAUCACCCACAUUAUGAAGACAAGAGUCUAAGGGAGAGAACAAAACAAGUUUAUCAGGUAUAUGCAAAAAGAUCUCCUGAAGAUGUCUACAGCAUACUGAGAUCCUUUGGAACAAACUAUGUAAUUUUAGAGGACAGCAUAUGUUAUGAAAGACGGCAUAGCAGAGGCUGUCGGUUACGAGACCUGCUCGAUAUAGCUAAUGGUCAUGUCAUGGAUGGUCUAGGAGAGAAUGAACCUGAUCUGAAAGCUUCACUGUAUCCUCGCUUCUGUGAGGAAAUUAAAAAAAACUUGUCUUCUUAUUCUAUGUACUUCACUAGAGCGUUCCAGAACAAAACAUUCCAUGUUUACAAGCUUGCUAAACAUAAAUAGUGUAUUUUCCCAACAGUGGUUUUAAAUUCAGUGUGUUAUUGCUAGGACCACAGUGGGAAAUGCUGAAGAAGUUUACAAAAUGUUACUUUUUUAGGCAUUUUACAUUAAGUGUUUCUUGUUUAAUUAAUGUGAUUCUUCAGGUAGUUUUAGACAGUUUAAUUUUUAUAACAUUCUUGACAUUGAUAGGGAAUUUUCCAUUUUUAGCUGACUGAAAAACGUGCAGAAUAGGCAGUCUGCGUCAACGCUGCAGAAUGACUAAUUUAUACAAUUCUGCUCAGGGUUUUGAAUAUUUUACUGUACCAUGAACGUGAUAGAAGUAAGUUGAGUCUAGGCCUUGUUACUUCAUAACUAAAUAUGUGUUAGCUGUGGUCUUUGAAGAUAUUAAAACACUAAAAAUUUUGGUUUCAAUCCUAGAAGCUCAUCCUUGCAGGCAAACGUUUCUGCCCAUGCAGAGCCUGUUUUGUCUUCAAUGGGACACUCCUGGACCCUUAGGCCCACAUAGUUUGGAUCUGAUGGCAGGAUCGAAGCCU